AUGAACCUGAUCGGGUUUCUUCUCGGGAUAUCUGCAUGUUUCUUACUAGACUUCGUAGAGUGUGGUCGAGACUUCUAUAAAAUUCUCAAUGUUCCGAAAAACGCGAACGCCAAUCAGAUUAAGAAGGUAAGACCCUGAAAUCGUUUAAGAAAAAGAACUAUACUUUCGAAUCGUUAGGCAUAUCGUCAACUUGCCAAAGAGCUUCAUCCCGACCGCAAUCCAGAUGACGAGUUUGCAAACGAGAAGUUCCAAGACGUAACUGCCGCAUAUGAGGUUAGAAUGAGAAAUUUUUAUAAAGGCUUAGUCGAAAACUUUUUAAUAAGCAAGUUUUUCAAUCUUUGUCAUUUUUUUUUUGAUUAUUUUUAAAUUUUUUUUUUCAAUUGACGACUUCAUGCGUGAUGUUGAUCCAACGUAAAAUCUUUAAUAGUAAGAAUAUACUUAUAUCUGUAAUAUCUUUCCACUGAUACAAGAAAAUUCAGUCAGCUUCUUUUUUUACAAAGUAGGUCAAGGUCUCGUGAAAAUGUGAGCAAUUAAAUUUUGAAGUGUAUAGGUACGCUUUGAAGAAGUUUUCCAAUUUUCAAUUCAAAUUUCGAUGUAAAUUUGAGCAUAUGGAAACGUUUCCAAACGUGAUACUCUCUAUAAAAUUGUAACCAGGUAUUAAACGUAUUGAAAGUAUGAAACCUCAUGCAGAGUAUAUGAAUACUUCGCUCUUAUUUUCAUUUAACACUUUCAACCGAGAAGAUAAGCAUAUCCGAAAAGGAAGUUUGAGUUUUCCUGCUUUAAACUCCUUUAAAAUCUCAUAUUUACGCUGUGUCAAUAGCCCAAACUCCCUAUUUUAGUAGUCGAAAGAUGUUUUUUUUUAUAAAUAUUUUUUCAAAAGAGUCUGACAAUGGGCUCAAACGCUUUACAUAACAAGCAUAUCGGGAACUACACGGUCUAGCAAAGUAAGCUGGGCGUUCGAAUGGAGUCUCGGAUUUCAGGUAUUGUCCGACAAGGACAAGCGAGCUGCGUAUGACCGACAUGGCGAAGAAGGCGUAGCAAAGAUGGGCGGCGGAGGCGGCGGCCACGAUCCGUUUAGCUCAUUUUUCGGAGACUUCUUUGGAGGUGGCGGCGAACGAGAAGAAGGAGCACCUAGGGUUUGUUUCUCUUGUUUCUACUGUUUUUUUUUUGUUUCACCUACUUUAUAUUUUUUAAUUGUAAGAUACUUCUGAAAAUUACUUUAAAAAAAGGACCAUGGACACAAAUUUCUGGGCGUCUACUCAUAGAACAUGAGAAUCUAGUACGAUCUCGCCUAGUGUUGAAUUCGGCAAGACAUACAACCGUGGAUGUUUCCGCUUUUCAUAUUUCUGCAGUGUUUAAUUUAGACCUCGAGAGAUUUGAAAAAACAUUGAUAAAAGCAAGGAUCUUUUUCAACAAUCAACAAGGACAAUAUCUAAAAUAAAAUAGAUAGUUGCUAAUCUUUCAAAUCAGACGAGUCUCGAUACUAAUGAAAAACGGAAUAAAUUGAAUAAAAACGGAAAAAAGGGUUCUUUCAGGGAGCAGACGUCUCUAUAGAUUUGUUCGUCAGUUUAGAAGAAGUCUACAAUGGCAACUUUGUCGAGGUAUCCAUUUUUCCCGAGAUUUCUUCAAAUAAUCGUGUUAUUUGAGAUAAAACGAAAGAAGGCCGUUUAUAAGCAGACUUCUGGGACGCGACAGUGCAACUGCCGUCAUGAAAUGCGCACAGAGCAAAUGGGAAUGGGUCGUUUUCAGAUGUACCAGGUUUGUUUUCGUUAUUUUUGGUUUGAAUGCUUUCAUCAUGCAUUUCAAAACGUUUCGAAGCCGGUGGGAUCCUAUUUGAGUCUCAAUUAUUUUUAUCGAUGGUUCUAUGGUGCCACAAAAUUGGACUGAUAACAGUUCUUUCUCGUUUGAAACGCAUUAAAGGGUUGACGAAGGAAUCAUAAGAGAUCUCAGUGGAAAAGAAUAAAAAAAGUUUUUUUUUAGGUGAAAGUCUGUGACGAAUGCCCCAACGUGAAGCUUGUACAGGAAACAAAAACGUUAGAGGUAAUAUUUUCUCUCAUUUUUGCUCUCAACCUUCUUGAACGUCGGAAUCUUUUUUUUUGCGCACAAGUGAAACUUUUUUUUUUAACUUCUUCGAAGAAAGAAAAAAAGAGCUCUGCAAGUGUGACAGACCUACGGAUUCCUGAGUUUUUAGGUGGAAGUGGAGGUCGGAGCGGACAACGGCCACGAGCAGGUGUUCGCAGGUGAGGGCGAACCUCACAUCGAGGGCGAUCCCGGAGACUUGAAGUUCAAGAUUCGCAUUGAAAAACACCCGAGGUACGCUUUUCAUCUCUCAUGUAGACCACUCUGUGUACUUGUCAAGAAACUAAUCUUUUUUAUUUUUUAUUCAAAAAAGAACCAUUCAUCUUUUUUCGACUUCGUCUGUUCUGAAAGACGACUUUUUGGUUAUAAUCUUAAAAAUUAAACUUUCUCCACUCAAUCAGUAUGAAAAAGAGUAUUCUGGUCUCUAGGUAACGAGGAAUUAAAGUUUAUUUUCGAUAUCAACGCCAUCAUUUUUUCCUUUUCUAUUGAUUAUCGUCCCAAAGACAGUGAUAACAGUUUUUCUUCCUAAAGAAAAUUGAGGAAAAAUUUUUCUGAAUUUUGUUGGUUUAACCGAGCAGAAUUUAACUCUGGCGAAAACUUCACUCGUUUAAAUCUUAAUAUUUUUUUAUCCUGAUUGUGUACCGUCCAUUCUCUGUCUGCAAAAAAGAAAAAAUGAAAGAAGUCACUCAAAAGCACUUAGAAUAUUUAAUUGGAGUUUUGAGUUAAUUUGUAAGCGUCGCGAAAUAACUUAAUUUAGGUCAUUGAAAAAAAUUUUAAACCAUGUAAAAGUGCAUUUUUUUUUUGGGUUUUGAGAGGAACUUCUUACGAAACGAGUGCGAUUACACAGCUUUUGUUACUGCCACAUCCCUAAGCAGCUUUUAAACGAAGAAUUUUCAUUUUAUUUCGGACCGAUGAGUUUUUGUUUCGUACAUAAUACGUGGCUGUACAAUUGAGAGAGAGAGAAGGAGAGAAAAUAGCGGAGAGCGAGAGAAUUUUGACAGCGAAAUAUACAAAAAGUGGGCGGAGCUCACACGGCUCGGACCCGCUUCCCUACACAUCGGAGGAGCGAUUUGAGCAAAAAGAACAAACUCCUCGUCCAUCUCACGUUCCUAUCGCGCUUCAGUCGUGUUCCGACCUGUUCUUUCUGUUCUGUUCGCAAUAUGCGUUAUAACCGUUGGUCAAUGGAACUGUUAGUCUAAAACAUCAUAUAUUUGCAAAAGGUCUCUUAGAUUUAAACCUCUAUGUGUUUUAAAAACUUAUCAUCUAUCUUUAAAUUGUUCACAUGCAAACGCUAAAGGUCCUUAAUCAAGGCCGGUUUUUUUUCGCUUGUAAUCGGCAGUAUAAGGUUCUUCAAUUCAAUUCGUUUUAUUUUCUUUUAUUGUUGUUUUAGUCAGAUAUAAUCGACUUAUUUUUAAUCGAUUCGUCGCCUCCUUCAGCUCUGAAGAGUCAGCUUAUUAUCAGACGAAAAGAAUAGAGAUCCGACGUCCAGCGUUCCAACGAGAAGAAUUGUGAAUAAUAGAGGAAUAGUUAAACAAUAUUAAACUACACAGUAGCAUGCAGUUUCCGUGCACAUGGGCGUCGAAGAAUAAUACGAUUGAAAAAGAGGAUAUUUUUCAGCCUGGUACAACUUUGUUCAGAAAGUCGAAAUCGUUUCGUUCUCAACAUUUUUUUUUUUCGUGAAAUGGGGUUUUUUCCUUUCGUCAUGGUGCCGCCGCAAAUGCGCUCAGCUGGGUCCUUUCCACCUCUUUGUUUUCUUUUUCUGUGUAUUCAAACAUUCCUUUCGUGCUCACCCAGUCGACCCUCCAGUUCUUCCUUUUUUGGGAUAACGCCGGUUCCAUUGCUAGAGGCUCACGACGUGUACGGGCUGAAGCAAAGUUCUAAGCAAGAAAAAUUUGGUUUGAUUAGACGCAAGUAGCUUGUGCGCUUGUUAUUUGCUAGCUUUUGAAGACUUGUUUACCCAACUGAUAAAAUGCUCAGCUUUACCUUGGUCAUAUUCUCAUCAUCACUUCAGAGCUGUAACGUCUGCGACUCCUUCACGUGUCGUUCAAAAUUUUCAAGAAAAAAGAAAUGAAUAAAUUUUCCAUCGUUGGUGAAUUACGCGAAUUUUGAGAUGUAUCAAGCUAAUUUUCCCUUGAGAUACUUUAAUUACUUUUCCUGCGAACAGUACACUUAAUCUAUGCGAUUUCGUUCUAUGGCCUUAGUUAUUCUUUUCAUUUAGAAAAGGGGAAAUAAGGCCAGGAAUGUCGGAAACCGAUGGGAAUCUCGAACUGUGUUUGCGGGCAGACGGCGGCGCGAACGAAAAAGCGAGAAGCGGCGAGGAUUGGGUCACGUUUUGGUUGUCUGUUCCAAACUCCUGGGUCGACCGGUCUGCUUCCCAUCAAUUCGUCCCCAUUAUGACACAGCGUAUCUUUUUCUCUCAUUUGCCAUUCUUUUCUAUUCAUGUUUGUCUUCAACCUUUGUCCAAUGGAAAUAAGCUCACUGAAGCUUUUCACUUAUUCGACGCAAUCAUUGUUUCAUUGCAUUAUGAAAAUUCUUCUUUUAAUUGGAGAAAACUUUCUUUCUCGAUUUUUAACAUGGAUUCAGAAAAAAGGAAGUAGCCAUUAAAAGUUCAGAAAAGCAAUAUCAUUAUUUAUUUUUCUGAUCACGAAGCGGAAAGGCGUUUUCUUUCUUUCGAAAAGUUUCCAAAUAAAUCGAAAAACGGGCUUAUUUUAUUUCGAAACAAAUAAAAAAAACGUGGUCGAUAAAAAUUGUAGAAAGCAGGAAAGGAAAAUGAGUUUUUUUGUUAUGUACCACUUAUUUUUUCAUUGAAAUUGCAAAUGUAUUUUGCCGGCAAUCUUUCAUUUUGCAUAAUCCGUAGGAUCAUAUCGGUUUGGAAGGAUUCGCAAGCGCGAGGUUACCUCCGAUCCUCCCAUCGGAUUCUUUUAUUGCGGGUCGGCCGACUUAUUGAUGGACAGAUUGAGGAUUUCAUCAUAUUAUGGUACAGCGCCGACAGUUGAUAUCAGAUACGCACUCCAAAUUGUUCAGAAUUGGAAUUCCUGUAUUGAAGACAAAAAAUGUAUUGACUAUUAUCUCUAUCGUUAUGAUUUUCUGCAUUAGUUUUAGUUUAAACCAGAAGAAGCUCCUCAUUUUCAAACUAAAAAGUGCAAAAAGAAUCACGAUAUUUUCAGCCUUCCAUUUCUCUUAUGUUUGCGAUUGUUUGUUGGAUCUAAAGUGUGUCGGAGGACCUUUAGGCCAAGAAGUAGGAUGGGCAGACUGUUGGUGUUACAUUCGGUGAUGGAUUGACUGCUUGGACAUGAAUGACAAGAAAGAUCGCGUCUCUGCUUUUUUUUCUUUCGUUUCUUCUCUCGUCGCCCCCGUUAACGACCUUUGCAAUCGCACAAAGCCUCCUACUUAUUAUAUGGUGCGGCUGCGAUUUAAAACCUCCCCCAAUCAUUCCAUAUACUAUUAGGAUUAUAAAUCUUUAUCGGCGUUUUGUGGAGGAAGCUCCAAGAAUGCAACAGACGUUAUUGACGGACUUCUCCUCAAUGGUAGUUUUGAGCCUGACCGUGCUCUAGAUUCAUGCACCGGACUCGACGGGAAAAUAUUUUCAGUUUUCUCUAUAAACAAGACGCUAGUUAUGCUUUAUAAGUUGACGUUUUGAUUCGAGCCAAAAUCGUGAAAGUCAGCCUGCCCUCUGCCAUUUUUGAAGUAAAGAUACUAACACAAAAGAAAUCCGAUCGUUUUGAGGUGAAAGACGGCAGACAUAGCGCCAUUCACUGUGGGAACUUUGGAUGUAGGCGUUUCGCAAGCAUCACUCUAUCAGUUUUUCUCGCGAGCGCGUGCGCUUCGAGGAUCGAUUUUCGCCGCUUGCCCGUCCAAUCAAGAACAAACGCCAACGUUACAUUUUUAGUUUUUCUAUCAGUUCUUUUUUUUCGAUCCUUUCUUCACGUUCAAAAAUUUUAUAGAAGCGCAGGCUAAUUUCAAAAAGGGCUAAGUGCGUUUAGCUCUCACCAGUUAGCGUUAUUUAACGCUCUGUAUGGCUUUUGCUCCUUCGUAAGCAACGGAAUCGACUCAAAAUCCCUCUGAACCCUCUAAAAAACUCACGUUGAAAUCAAAAUGUCAAGAAUUACCAGAGCAGUAAUUAACUGGGCUAUCUAAUUUAUCUCUAUGAGUUCUUUCUGAUUUGAAAUCUGGGAAUACAAGUUUUCGAUGAUUUAUAAGCGAUACGAUCGCCGAGGUUUUAAAAAAUUCUUUGAAGUUGGAAUCGUUUUCCCAGAAGCUGUUAUUGAAAAGGAAAACGCGGUUGUUGGCGGCUGACAAAUUGACAGUGGGCUGACGAGUGGGAAUUCGUUUCACCGCGUCUGUUAUCGCCGCCCUUUUCUCAUGUCGGCAGUUUUGUCGUUUUGAUGUGCCUGUAACAACCCGUUGUGCGCGAGUCUAUUGUGUGCGUCGUCAAUUCCCGAUGCUUCAAUUUUCUUUUCCUAGGCUAUUCUAGACAAAAGCUUCCAAAUUAUUUAGUGAUUCUGAUAUAAUUAAUUCUGAGUCUUAUAAAAACAUGUUUAGCUCCCGUUUAUUGAUAAAUGUCGUUAGAAAAUGUUCUCUCAAAGUUUGAUUCGAAAAUGGUAGCUCUUAAUGUCGAACUUUAUGAAAAAAACGGCAAACGGAAAAAAGAAAAAAGAAACGCCCUUUUUUCUCAUUUUUCGCCCCGAAAGUAUAUUCCGCCGAAAAAUGCCUACUUUGGGCGUAAGAAAAAGCUCCCAUUCCAAAUUUCAGCCUUUAUGAUUUUGUUUUGUUGCAUUGAAUUUCAUAAUCGGUGAUAUGCCCUCGAAAGGCAAACGUUCGUGGCAACUCAUUGUUUCCAUCAUUUCAGUUCCUUUUUCAGGUUUGAGAGGAAGGGCAACGACCUUUACACCAAUGUGACGAUUUCGCUGCAAGACGCGCUCAACGGCUUCGAAAUGCAGAUCGCUCAUCUCGACGGUCAUCUCGUCAAUGUAUCUCGUGAUAAGGUGGGCUUCAAGUUCAGGGCUGCGAAUACGACAGCUUUCUGAACCGUUUGAAUGGAAAAUGUUGAUAAAGUGAGCUGUGAGAGACUGUCUCGUGAUAGGCAACUUUCGUCGCGCGUUUCUUAUCAAUUGCCUACGUUUUGCUUCUGUCGAAGCUGUAAAAAACGUAAGAACUUUGUUCUUCUGUAUCAGGGAUGUGCGCGAAGUUUUCAUUUGCAAACUUUGAUAAAAACAUUUUUCUUUUCUUUUGCAAACAAGCCUGAAGCUUUUCCAUAACCUUCUUCGAAAGCCUUACCAAUAAAGUUGAAUAAUGCUUCUAUGCAAUAUAAUGCCGUGUUCAAAGUGAUUUCCGCGUAAUGAAAAACUAUCUAUGACUCUCCGAAAUUAAGUUAUCUUUUUCUUUAUCUGACGGAUAUUUUUGAUGUCGUGGAAUCACUUUGAACACCGCAUAAGAUCUGUGUCAGAAAAAAAAAACAAGUACAUCACGUGGAGCAUCAUUUUCGCAUGCUUUAUGUCGAACAUAAUUUGUUUCAGGUGACGUGGCCAGGUGCACGUCUGCGCAAGAAGGACGAAGGCAUGCCGUCGUUGCAAGACAAUCAGGUGCGCGGCGUCCUCGUCGUCACGUUCGACGUCGAGUUCCCGAAGACGGAGCUGAGCACCGAGCAGAAGACGCAAAUCGUUGAAAUCCUCCAGCAGGCAGCCAUAAAACCUAAAGCGUACAACGGCCUCUGA